AUGGAGCUUGAGACCCAGAAAAACCCAGAAACUUUCAGCUCUACGGUUGAAGUCUACAGUCGAGAUGACAGGGACCUCAUGCGAUUGGGCAAGAAACCGGUACUGAAGCGCAACUUUGGCUUCAUGCAAAUUCUCGGAUUCUCUUGUACGGUAUUGGUAACUUGGGAGGGUAUUUUGCAUUGGGUAGCCAUGUUAGCUCCGAGAUCAUACAGCAAAUUCCUCAGUUUCAUCACUGGAUGGGUGACAUUGAUCGGCUGGCAAGCGACCACCGCCUCCUCCGCCUACCUGGGUGGAACUAUCCUCCAAAGUACCGUGUUGCUGGUGAAAUCGGAUUACUCUCCGAAACCCUAUCAAGCCAUGCUGCUUGGGUGGGCGUUGCUCGUCUUCUCAGUCACCAUAAACACUGUCGGUAGCAAGACGCUAGCCUAUUUCGAAGGCUUGAUUCUAAUCAUACAUGUCUUGGGAUUCUUCGCCAUCAUGGUUCCUUUGGUAUAUCUUUCCGACCAUAGCGACGCUUCGAUUUUCACUACGUUUGUAAACUCUGGAGGCUGGUCGACUCAGGCACUCUCUUUUAUGGUUGGACUGCCAUCCUCUGUCUUUGCUCUUAUUGGCGUUGACUCGUGCGUUCAUAUGGCCGAAGAAGUCAAGAAUGCGACCAGAGUGGUUCCAAGAGUCAUCCAGAUCAGCGUGUUGCUAAAUGGCACUCUGGGACUCGCAAUGUUGGUUGCAUAUCUCUUCUGCCUUGGAAACCUGGAUGAUGUCGUGGAAUCUUCGGCAACGUUUGGGUAUGCUUACCUGUAUGUAUUCUUGAAGGGUACAGGGUCUGCUGCCGGGGCAGCAGCUAUGGCUCUCAUCAUGUGGGCUCUUGGUGUUUGCUGUCUGGUCAGUCUCAUGGCUGCAACCUCCCGACAGCUGUGGUCUUUUGCGAGAGACAAUGCCGUACCGUUCGCAACUCAAGUCACCAAGGGCAUUGACCCGUAUAACGAACGCGCUACAGUGGUCGGUCCAGAGACAUUACGAUGGGGGCCUUGGAAAGUUCCCGGAGCAUUAGGCACAGCGAACAAUCUAUUCGCUUGCGUGUACCUGAUCGUCAUGUGGUUCUUCUCAUUCUGGCCAGCAUCGGUCAAGGUUAAUGCAGAAUCCAUGAACUUUAGCUCAGUCACGUUUGGCGGCACAGUACUAUUAGCUAUGUUGUGGUAUUUCAUAUACGGCAGGAAGACAUAUGUAGGACCAACUGUCGAAGUGGAAUUGUAA